GCCUGCCUUGCAAUGAAUGAUGGUUGCCUCACCAUCAAACCUGUUUUCUUCGCCUCUCUUUUCCCUCUUUUUAUUUAGUUCCUCCUCUUUCUCUUCGGCUUUGCCGCUCAAGUCGGGCCUAGUUCCAAGCUCCCCCAUCAAUCGGCCCUCGGAUACCCUUGUAGUCCAGCAUGUGACUUGGCCAAGUCCAAGUCCAAAGUCCCCGUUGAAGGAUUCUCCUAAUGGCGUCAACUCACUGCAACUGUUACAGUACAUAUUUUCUCUUCUCCAAUGCCAGGUAUUGAAGCUUUUUUACCCCGGAGAUCGUAAUAAUAAAUCUCAAUGAAAAAAAGGGGAGCAUUGUCCAAUAUCCGGGGGUGGAUCGAAAUCUCCAGCUUUUUUUCUGCUUUGAUGAACUAGACAGUUCGUCCAUGUUCUUUUUCGAGCUCAAUCUCCGAAAAGUUCAUUCUCAAGAGUCUGAGAGAGAACCGAGAACUUCACAUGCCCUAGCGCUAUACCCAUCUCCGCAUCUCGCCCCCGGACUUUGGCAUCACCCCUCGUCGAUCUAUUCGGCCGUGUGUAUCGAAUCCGGAAGCCCGCCCCGCUCUCACAACGGCAUAACAAAAGCUCUUACACGCCCUCAGUUAGUUACCACAGCGAGAAUAGAAACCCCCGUGGCUAGCACCCCCUCCCUGGUAAGAGUUCCCUGUCCUUCUUUGAACCUCCCAUUCGUCCACUUCAGCUUCCGGCUCGUCGCAGCGUAUCCCGACCCCCCCGAGUCCACUCACACUAGACUCCAGAAAGGACGAGGAUCAGAAUCAAGAACAAGAAGUUGACCUGCAAGUCUGCAGGAAAAGAGGCUGGUCUUUCCUGUAAUGGUUAACGGGCAACGGCACCGUGACGCUCUAACCAAGUCGAGUUGACUUGUUGAUUCCCUUUCCAAUCUUCAGAUACAUAAAGCCUCUUCUCAUCCAUCUCUCAAGCUUCCUUCUUUCUUUUCCUCCUCAUCCACUCGCUUCCAUUGGACCAAUUCAGCAUCAGCUUCAGCCUUGCCUCUCUACACUCGUUGUGUCUUCUCGCAUAUCAACAAGUUUAUCAACUUAAAGACAACCAAGAACAACCUUCAAAAUGAAGUACUCUUUCGCUAUUGCUGCCCUCGCCGCCGCCGUCUCGGCUCAGUCCCUCGGCGACGUUCCCAAGUGCGCUAUUCCUUGCCUUGACGAUGCCAUCGCCAGCAAGACCAAGUGUGACAAGACCGAUCUCACCUGCGUCUGCAAGAACUUCGACGAUGUCCGAAGCGCCGCUACCUCUUGUGUGAUCACCAAGUGUGGUUCCGACGUUGCCAUCAACGAGGUUCUCCCCGCUACUGAGAAGCUCUGCGACAACCCCGAGGCCGGCAGCGGCUCCGAGGGGUCCUCCAAGGCUGACACCACCAAGGCCGAGACCUCCACCAAGGUUGUCGUCACCACCAGCGCCGUUGCCGUCGAGACCACUGCUGUUGAGACCACCGCCGUCGAGACCACCACUGUCCCUCCUGUCGUUGAGAGCAAGACCACCGCUGUUCCCCCCGUCAUCGAGACUCCCACCACCAAGUCCGAGGCUGCCGGCAGUGCCACCAGCACUCCCGCUCCCUCAGGCGUCGGCGAGAACAGCGCUGCUGGCCUCAAGGGUCUCGGCGCCAUGGCCAUGGCUGCCCUCAUGGCCCUUGCUCUGUAAAUGGAGUCAAUUAUGAGACGCCAAUUUUCCUCAUUGUGAAAAGACUACUCAGUCUGCACAUUGAGAUGAGAGGCAUUGUUACGAGUUGAAAGGAAAGUGAUGAGGAGGAAUGGGAUAUGUGUACAUGGGAAUUGGAUUCGGAUUUGUGAUUGAUAUCACGGGUUAAUAAUUAAUGGUCUUGAACCACCAGAAUAUAGCAAAUAUACCAGUGACACUUGUCUCAUUUCUCUGCCCU